AUGGCCCCGGCCCCGGUCCCCCCGCGCCGCCCCCGGCCCCGGCGCCGCUGCCGGCCCCGGAUGGCGCUGCCGGUGCCGCUGCCGGUGCCGCUGCCGCUGCUGCUGCCGCUGCUGCUCCCGCCGGUGGCCGCCUUCAACCUGGAGGCGUCGCGGCCCGUGGUCUUCCGCGGGGCCCCCGGCUCCUUCUUCGGCUUCGCGCUGGACUUUUACCUGCCCGAGCCCCGCAGUGUCAGCAUCCUGGUGGGGGCCCCCAAGGCCAACACGAGCCAGCCCAACGUCACCCAGGGGGGGGCCGUGUUCCACUGCCCCUGGCCCCCCGAGGGCGGCUGCGCCCCCAUCGACUUCGACCACAUCGGGACCCGCACCCACGACUUUGGGGGCAACAGCAGCGACGGCGCCGAGCCCGUGGAGUUCAAAUCCCUGCAGUGGUUCGGGGCCACCGUGAGGGCCCACAACAGCUCCAUCCUGGCCUGCGCCCCCCUGUACAGCUGGAGCCCCCCCAAGGAGGAGGGGGGGGCGCGGGAGCCGGUGGGCUCCUGCUUCCUCUCCCUGGGCAACUUCUCCAAGUUCGUGGAGUACGCGCCCUGCCGCUCAGACCUGAACUCGGCGGCCGGGCAGGGUUACUGCCAGGGGGGCUUCAGCGCCGAGUUCACCCAGACGGGGCGGGUGCUCCUGGGGGGGCCCGGCAGCUACUUCUGGCAAGGGCAGGUCAUGUCGGCCACCCAGGAGCAGAUCGCGGCCGGGAACUUCCCCGAGUACCUGAUCCAGGAGGUGCCGGGACAGCUCCAGACACGGCAGGCGGAGCCCAGCCACGACGACAGCUACAUGGGUUACUCGGUGGCAGUCGGGGAGUUCAGCGGUGACACCACGCAAGACUUCGUGGCCGGUGUCCCCAAGGGCAACCUCACCUACGGCUACGUCACCAUCCUCAAUGGCACCAACAUGAAGUCCCUGUACAACUUCUCAGGGGAGCAGAUGGCCUCGUACUUCGGCUACGCCGUGGCCGCCACCGACGUCAACAACGACGGACUCACGGACCUGCUGGUGGGCGCCCCGCUGUUCAUCCCU